AUGUCAGCAGAGUCCAGCCAGGAAGUGCAGGCGCAAAGACGUCCCUUGUCCCAACUGAACGAACCCAGCGAACCAUCACCAGCACCUCCGGGGCAGUGUUUCCGAUCUCCUCUGCACGUCAAGGGACGGAUGGCGGGGCGGGCGGCAAAUGCCAAGUGUGACCCGGCUUUAGAGACGCUGACGGAGGAGUCGAUUUGCAGCGCUGGGACUAGGGGAUCCUCUUUUUCCUCGGGUAAUCUCGAACCGGCAGGGAGACCGGUUCCCCCUCGGAGCUCACCCGAAAGGCGCCAGGCCAGAUAUUCUGGAGUCAAAGUCGCCCAGAGCGGGCGGGCAGUGGGAGAAUUCCUCCAUGGUACUGGUGGGAUCGCAGCGAGGCGGGCGCGGCGGCGGCGGCAGCGAGCAGAGGCAACCCAGUCUGGACCGGUCCCCGAUAGGAGGGUUCCCCAAGAAUGUGGGUCCUGCAGCUCAGGCCAGAAAACUGAUUCAGCACACCGGAGAACCUGUGGCCUCUCUAAGGAACCUGUGUGCUUGCCUAGCACAGGAUCAGGAGCGCCUAAUUCCCGGUGUGAACUUAGCCUUCUCUCCCCAGCUUGGCUCAAGGCUCCCACUUGAGAAAGCCCCCAUGUGAUCUUGGAGAGCUAAGCCUUAAACUCUUCCGGUUAUACAUUUAGAAUGGACUGGGGCAACAAAGAUUGGCUGUAUGACUACAUAAAUAAAGCUGUAUGUUGUACUUA